AUGUCUGAUAUUGACGAUGAUAUUGUCGAUCAAGCCGAUGAGGCCGCACUCUUCGAUAUCGCCCUCGCCAACAGCCGAAUUACUGCCGAAAAUGAACAACGCGCCCGAGCGAUUGAGGCUUGGAAAAAAGAAUUCCCCCUCUUGGCGGACCACACGAUCCGCAGUUUCAUCCAUCUGGACGAUGCUGCACUACGACUGAAGUUUCGUGAAUUGACGCAAAUCAUGGAGGGCAAACGUGGGACGGAAGUCGUCAAAAAGCCUAACCGCCCACCGAGGUUGGCUGUCCCUGUAAAUCUCAAUAUCGACUUUGACGCCAUCCACCGCGAGCAACUGAUUGAGGCGCUCUGGGCGGAAAUAGCGAGAAGGAAGAAGUUUCUUUCCGGACAGCCCCACAAAAAACGCACGUCAACCGAAGAGUGGGCGCUGGCGUUCUUUUUGCGUGAUAGUUUCGUCACGAUCAAACAAACGGCCAUCAAUCGUCUAAUGCAAGAAGACUUCUACCUGGCCAUUCUCAUGCUCGCGCUGAUCGGGCUCGGCCUUGGGGAUCGCUUGGUGAAGAAGAAGAUGAUCCCCGCCGAGAUCUUCGUCGGCGGCCUGCAGGACAUCAUGAACUCCGAAAAAGAGAUAGAACGCCGGAAUAAGGAGGCGAACAGCGUCCCCCGGGCCCCGUUGCCCGAAUUCGCCGAUCAGAUGUGGAACAACUAUUUGGAGCUGCAAAAUUUUAAUUACAAGCAGGAAAUGAUGAACAUUAUCCGAUUCGACUGUCCGGUGUGCUUGGAGACGUGGAAUCGAUACGAUGGGAUCCACUGUUCGGCCUCGGAAGUAGAUAAUGACGACCCAGAGUUCUGCCAUUUGUUCUGCGAGACAUGCGUUCGCCAACAUACACGAUCUUCGAUGGCCGAAAUGCAGUUGGCCGACGGGGUCGGCGUGCGAUGCAUGCAGCAGAAUUGUAACGGACACAUUACGCUCCCUCGUCUCCUUUUACUGCUGGAUGAGCACGAGCAGGCCGCACUGAACAAGCAGCUGACGGAUGUUGCGCUGCUAAACGCGGAUCGAAGGGAUAUUUUACAAUGUUCGAAAUGCGACUACGCGUUUGUGAAUAUCGACAUGUCAGACUGCCAGGACGUGCUGAGAUGCCGGAAUGCAGACUGUCUCUUCAACCAAUGCAGACAUUGCCCACGUCCGUAUGAUGCUCGCCACGCGGGACGAACGUGCGCGGAAUUGACGAAUGCGCAGGAAGCCGCACGGAAACGCGCUGAAGAAGAAUUGACCGCGCUGAUCGUCAGGAGAUGCCCAACAUGUCCACGACAAUUUGUCAAGGCGGACGGCUGCAACUGGAUGACGUGCGAAUGUGGCGCCUCGCAGUGCUACCUCUGCAACCAAAGCCCAAUCACCCAAGGCCAUUUUGGUGCCCGGGAACAGGGGCUGUGCAACCAGUUCGAAGACGCGCACCAACGUGACGAGCUUCGCCGUCAAGCCCGCAUCCAGGCGGCCAAGCAGGAUGAACUGAUACGGGACCAAGCGGACAGUUGGCUG